AUGCAAUCUGCCAAGUGGAGUCGCGUGCUCAGCUUCAGCCGCAAUUGGCGGACCACGUCGUGUCAGAGCGGCCAACAACUCUCAGAUAGCCGGACUGAGCGCUGCCCACCCCCGGUGAGGCCGGACAACCCGAGGGGUUUGCGGCGAUUCUGUGCACGGCCUCGCGAGAGGGCGACUUCUUCACGGCGACCUCAUGGCGACUUCUUCACGGCGACUUCUUCAAGGCGACUUCUUCACGGCGACUUCUUCACGGCGACCUCACGGCGACUUCUUCACGGCGACCUCUUCACGGCGACUUCUUCACGGCGACUUCUUCACGGCGACUUCUUCACGGCGACUUCUUCACGGCGACUUCUUCACGGCGACCUCACGGCGACUUCUUCACGGCGACUUCUUCACGGCGACCUCACGGCGACUUCUUCACGGCGACUUCUUCACGGCGACCUCACGGCGACUUCUUCACGGCGACUUCUUCACGGCGACUUCUUCACGGCGACUUCUUCACGGCGAUUUCUUCACGGCGACCUCACGGCGACUUCUUCAUGGCGACUUCUUCACGGCGACUUCUUCAUGGCGACUUCUUCGCUGCGACCUCACGGCGACCUCACGGCGACCUCACCAUGGCGACCUCAUGGCGACCUCACCAUGGCGACUUCUUCACGGCGACUUCUUCACGGCGACUUCUUCACGGCGACUUCUUCACGGCGACUUCUUCACGGCGACUUCUUCACGGCGACUUCUUCACUGCGACCUCACGGCGACUUCACGGCGACUUCUUCACGGCGACCUCACAGCGACCUCACCAUGGCGACUUCUUCACGGCAACUUCACAGCGACUUCUUCACGGUGACCUCACGGCGACCUCACCAUGGCGACUUCUUCACGGCGACUUCUUCACGGCGACAGCAGCGACGUGGCGCCGAGUCGACACGUGGAGGGGGAAAGCCGAGAUACCGGGGAGAGAGACACCGCAAACUCCAAAGACACAGCAGUAGGGGUCAGCGUUCGGGAUUGAGCCCACGCUGUCCCGCAUACCAGGCGAGGUAGUUAACAUCUCGCCAAUUAUCCCGAAUGUGCCUGCACGAUCUCCACAAAUGGGUAGAACCACGAGUAGUCUGUGCCCACACGGGCGGUGGGGUAAAGUGUGGGUGCCCCCCUCCACCACCAGCACCAGCAGCAGCUCUUCCAGGACCAUUGGUGGACACGGCGGGGAUCCCAGAACAGUUCGUUGUGGGCCUCGGGACGAAUCUGAUGGCGAAUAAAAAUCCCCCCGACGAAUAAUAAUUCGAACUUUGAUCAGAUACCAGUGUCUGUCGUUUGAUGGCGCGAGUGCUUGGUGAUUGUCGUUGUUAUUCUGUUCCGUGCCGGGGCAAAUCCACCCGGGUUCGCUCUUCUUGCGUGAGACCGCAACAGCUUCGUGAUUCAGGAGCUCGAUGUGAAACGUCCAGUUCUGCUGCUGCCCACGAUGAGAAGGGCUUCAGCAGAGAGAGUUUUGUGUUCCUCCUCCAUUGAAGGUGCGCAGGCUA